AUGGCUGAAUGUGAACCUCCUCCAGUGCUAGACUACUUUUCUUCAGCAUCCGAUUGCUCCUCGACAACUCUAUCCACAUCACAUACCUCACGAAAUUCCUUCGAACCGACCUUCCUACCCUAUUGGGCCCGUUACGAGACCAAGUGUGCCCAAAACCUCUUGGACUGCUCCGACGAGCCGAUCGAGUACGACCACGACGACGAAGCCUAUAGCGAUAAUUGUUUUUUCUUCCCAGAAGACUGCUCUUGGACACCGCCCAAAGACUGGGUAGUGGAGGCAAAUCUCGUAUCAGUGGAAGCCGAGUUUCAGGUGGAGGACCGAACACCCUUGGCAAGCCCACAACCCGACACCAUGAUUCCCGGUCUUCCAGAUAUCAAGAUGCUGGACGCAGAAGCGUUAAGCGAUCUGUUGGAGGACAACCUAUCCCCACCAGAGAUCACAACCAUCAUCGUCUUCGCAACAAACGGCGCCGUCUUCGCGCACGGCUCCUCCCUCUCCUCCCGCCAACUCCGCAACCUCAGCGCCACCUACGGCGCCGCCUACACAUGCUACGCAAAAUCAGCCUCAAGCGGCAACCUGACCGGCGUCAACCCCGCUAGCCACCCAUCCUCCUACGUAACCGCACAAUCCAUGUCCCUAGGCGACGUAGGCUCGAUCGUAUUCGAACUAGAUGACUCCGUGGCCGUGGUCACCCGAAUCGCAGAUAAAGUGCUCGUGGCUGCCGUCGGCCCCUCCAAACCCGAUGCCGCUCCCGAGACCACACCAACCGACUACCUCACCGCCGACGGCACCGCUGAUGCAGCUGCACCGACUACACCGGACGGAUCACAGGCUGAGGGCCAGCGCACGCCCCUUGCCGUGCCUUCGCCGACGCCGCCACAGAACGGCCACCACGACCCGCAGUAUGAGAUCGAUCGCAGCGCCGAUCUGGCGCGCUUGGCUAGCUUGAAUCUGUCUGCGUCACCAUCUGUGCUGCUUGCGCUGGAAUCGAAGUGCGCGGCGCUGGGACGGUUCUUGGGACAGAAGCUUGAUGAUCUGGAGAGUCCUGAGGAUUUCUAG